UAGAACAUGGCCAUAUAGCCCAAAAAAACUUACAACAACCCACUGAUAUUUAUAUCUAUAAUCAGGUUGUGAAUCAGCAUGUGUGAAUUCAGGAAUAAGUCCCACUUCAGUGGAAAGUACUCCUAAAUCAGUUUGCAACCAUCUAGUUCUGUUCUAAACAUGGGUCCAAAGUCCCAUCUUUGACUACAGUGAGAGUUAAUGCAAUAUAAAUGUGCAUAGGAUAGCAACUUCUGUUCUUGCUGUUUUCUAGGGGAUCUCAUUACCUUCAGAGAUACUCAUUUCCAUAUACACAGACCCUUGCAAUGCAAUUUUUACAUUUUGUAUCUGUUUACUUAACCAGACUGUGGAGCAGAGACAAGAUGUUCUUCCUGCCUUGUGGUGAAUUUGAACAACGAAGCGCACAGCGGCUUACAGGAAACCAUUAACCUCUGCAUGAAGGCGGAUGUGCGAUACCUGUGCUUUGAGCCCAAUACAAUAAGCAAGUGAAAUGCUCCAUCUUUCCCUCUCUGCCUAAAUGGGAGAUAGAAACAUGCAUGAAAAACAGAGUGGAUCUGAGACCAGAAGAACCAGUUAACUCAGGAGUGUCCUCUUUCGUGAUGAUGUGGAUUCAGGUUUCAACUCUCAGCUAUCUCUGUCAUUGGGGUUCAUAAUCCUUUAGGAAGACAUUCUGCUUAAUAAAAUGCUUUCAGGCCACCAGCUGCGGCAAGGGCUUAACCACUCCUGGCUAAAACCAUCAAUGGAUCUUCCUGAUGCUGUGAUGCUACAGGCCCUCUACAACUACCAAUAUAAAUCUGAUGAUGGGAGGCGGGUGACCAUCACAGAAGGUGAGCUCUUCCAGCUCAUGUGCAAGGCCAAUGAUGAUUGGUGGCAAGUGCGCCGACUCAAUCAGUCCAAGCAGAAGUACCCCCUCUUUGUGCCUGCCACCUAUGUGGCUGAAGUGCCUACAUCUCCAAGAGCAACUGCACAACAGAAGAGUUCUGGCAUCAAUACAGUACAGGAUGGUCGCACUGCACACUUCGAAAUGGUGUCUUGUUCUCUGGAAGACCUGUACUCACAGACCUAUCCACCAUCUUUCCACAUGGGACUCAAGGCCUUCCACAGCCACCCCCAUCCCAUGAUGGGAGCUCCUCCUGACUCUCUUGGCAGGAGGCACAGCUUGAAUGAUUUAUGGCAAACACAGAGGUUGAGUAUAAAGCAGACCCAAAAUUCAGAAGAGGAACUCACGAUGAAGGGGAGCAAGCACAUGAUGUUGGAUGAUACACACCACCCUCCCCCUGGUCCCAUUAGGGAUGCCCCCCUUUACUGCAACCUGGAGGAGAUGAAACAGAUAGUGGCGAUGCCCCCCAGCCCUCGCAGCCCCCCACUAGAGGUGCUUGAAUGCUGGGAACAACACAUAGAUUCCAGCUCUCUGCGCAGUUACUUCUAUAAGCCAGCUACAGGUGAAAAGUCAUGGAAACCACCACGGAAGAAUCACGAGAAGAGCUUGGUACUGCCAGAGGGACACAGUCUUUUAGCCCCAGAAGAAAAAAGAUCUGCUCUGGGUGAACCCUUGGAUCAGACAGAAGACGGAGGGAAGGCUGGGCAGCAGCUGUACUCGCCCACUUCCCAGGGUUUCUCCAGGGCCAGAGACAAGAAGCUGGGCUACACCAAAUCCAUGGUGCUGCCAGAGACCCGAGUGCCCAAGGGAAGUCAUCGCAGGAACCUUUCCCAACACAGUUGUGAGGCCUGGCUAGGGGAAUACCCAGUGUCCACACCUGCCAAUGGUUCCCCUUCACACAGCCCUGACCGCCUUCAUGUGGUGGAGAAAGCUGGGCAGCUGAACAAAACCAAGAUUGCAGAAGGAGGCCGGAAACUCAGAAAGUGCUGGACAUCCUCAUGGCUGGUGUUAGCAGGGAACAGCCUCAUGUUCUACAAGGAUCCCAAAGUAGCAGCUGCAUGGACUCCAUCUGGUAGCCGACCGGAAAGCAGUGUGGAUUUACGCGGUGCUCGGAUUGACUGGGCUAGAGACUUGUCCAGCAAGCGGAAUGUAAUCCAUUUCCGCACCGUGACUGGCAACGAGUAUCUUUUGCAGUCAGACAGUGAGACUGUCAGCCAAGACUGGUACCAGGCUAUCAAAGGGGUCAUCCGUAGGCUGGAUGAAGAAAACCCUCUGGAUGAGCCACUUCUUUAUCCUCUCUCCAGAUCGAACAGUGCUGAUCUUGUGGAUCUCAGUGCUGAUGAGGAGGAAGAAUCAGGGCUCCCAAAGGCACCUGCUAGUCCUGACAGAGCCUACAAAAAACGGGUCAAGAGCAAGCUGAGACGGUUCAUUGCCAAGCGGCCACCAUUGCGGAGCCUACAGGAAAAAGGACUGAUUCGAGACCAGGUCUUUGGCUGCCGGCUAGAAGCUCUGUGCCAACGGGAAGGGGGCACAGUGCCACAUUUUGUCCAGCUGUGUGUGGAAGCUGUGGAAGAGAGAGGUCUGGAUGUAGAUGGUAUCUACAGGGUUAGUGGGAACUUGGCCAUUAUUCAGAAGCUAAGAUUCAUCGUUGAUCGUGAGCGAGCUGUGACCUCAGAUGGGCGUUAUGUCUUCCCGGAACAACGUUUCCAAGAGGAAAGGCUGCAGCUGAGUGACCCACAGUGGGAUGACGUGCACGUGAUCACUGGGGCCCUCAAGUUGUUCUUCCGGGAGUUGCCUGAACCACUGGUGCCAUGCAGCCUCUUUGAUGAAUUUAUAGAGUCUGUCAAGUUGCCUGACUCCAAGGAUAAAGUGGCAAAGCUAGUGGACCUGAUCCAGAGUCUCCCCCAACCGAACCGAGACACACUGCGUUACAUAUUGGAACAUCUCCACAAAGUGAUGGAGCAUUCAGAUGUCAACCGGAUGACGACACAGAACAUUGGCAUUGUCUUUGGACCAACCCUUCUGCGACACGAGCGUGACUCCGCCAGUCUAGUAGAAGGCAUGGUGUACCAGAACCAGGUGGUGGAGAUGCUCCUCACUGAAUUUCCUAACAUCUUUGCGACCCCAGGAACUGAAUGACUUUGCUGACACCUCUCUCAGGUGUUGAUGGUUUUAUCUGAAAGGCCCAGCAGAUUUAGCCCUGGAGCUAGCCCUGGCUUUGCAUAGCUGUGCUCAGGAUACAGUUCCGCUGGGCGUAUGGUGCCUUGAGCCUCUGCAGGAUUAUACUCCAGGAUUUUUAGGAUGAAUCAAAUUUAGAAGCUGGUGCGAGCCAGUGAAAGGCUUCUGGCCCUAAAUAAACUUUGCAAUAUGUGGCGUAAUUGAGCCUUCCCAAGCAUGCCUGAUGCAAAAUGAAGAAAGGGACAUGAUGGCCAAUGGAGUGGCUAAGGUAUGGAUUACAGCUAACAGAAAUCUUUGGAAUUAAGAGGCUACUUGCUAACCCUGUUCCUCCAGUACCCUCCAUCUGCCCUCAAUUACUCUGCAUUUGGUCUUUCAUUUCUCUAAGCUGACCAUUAAGUUGACAAAGGCCUUCAUGGCUGGAAUCACUGGGUUGCUGUGAGUUUUCCGGGUUGUAUGGCUAUGUUCCAGAAGCAUUUUCUUCUGACAUUUCACCCACAACUAUGGCAGGCAUCCUCAGAGGUUGAGGGGUUUGAUGGAAACUAGGCAAGUGAGGUUUAUAUAUCUGUGGAAUGUCCAGGUUUGAAGAAAGAACUCUUGUCUGCUCGAGGCAGGUUAUUUAUUUAUCGUGUCAGGAGCAAACCAAACAGUUGUAUUGCAUUUUUUAACAAACAAACAAAACACAAAGUUUGCAAGCUUGGUAGUUGAUUAAAUGUCCUUUGACCAGUAGCUAGCCACUUGGAGUGCCUCUGGUGUUACUAUAAGAAGGUCCUCCAUUGUGCAUGUAGCAGGGCUCAGGUUGCAUUGCAGCAGGUGGUCUGUAGUUUGCUCUUCUCCGCACUCGCAUGUCAUGGAUUCCACUUUGUAGCCCCAUUUCUUAAGGUUGGCUCUGCAUCUCGUAGUGCCA